UCACAGCUGUUGCCGAGAUGAACGAUGUCAUGUAACUACCGUUGAAUGUUAAACAAAAGUCUCUCGUUUUUACGUGUCCAAACAGCGAUAAAAAAGAAGCCCAAGGCUUUAGUGAGCCCUCCAGUAUGGCUAACGUUGAGGAGAAAGCUUGUAUAGACGAAAAAUUGAGCCGAGAAUUGUACUUUCUGAUAAUCAAGUUCUUGUCGGAAGGGCCAUGCAGUUCUGCAGCCGAGGUUUUAAAACGCGAAGUCGAAUCACUUGAGCUUCUACCAAGAGGGAUGAAUUGGCUGGGAGAUACAACGCCCCGAAACUAUGCAGACACGGCAUCAAAAAAUCUUCACAUCCCGGGUAAUUUCUUGCAACAAAUAUGUGGGCGAUUGCUGCCCUUGCUCGAGCAGACAAUCCCACCCAGUGUCAAAGGCGUUUCGUCAUUACUUGGUGCCGGGAAGCACUCGUUAUUGAGGCCAGCCCAAGAUCGAGGUUGUCUCCUCACCUCAAAUCAUCUCACAGUUUGUCGACAUGGAGCUCCAAUUGCACCUGGAUUUAAAACCAAGAACACAUUUAACUUGACAAAUGUUGUCAGUGCGAGACAGGCAAGCGGAACAGCUUUUAAACGAAAUUUUAUCCAACAUGGCUUGUAUUCUAAAAUGUCAAUGCACCGAAGGAUUUUGGGUCAUUUAUCAGCCGUUUACUGUGUUCUGUUUGAUCAAACUGGUCAAUCCAUUAUAACUGGUGCAGAUGAUAAUUUAGUGAAAAUUUGGUCAAGUUCUGAUGGCAGGCUCUUAGCUACGUUAAGAGGACAUAGUGCUGAGAUAUCUGAUAUUGCCGUAAAUUGUGAAAACACAUUGCUAGCUGCAGGCAGCUGUGAUAAGACCAUUCGUGUAUGGGACAUUCAGACAGCAGCACCUGUUGGUGUUUUGCAAGGUCACACUGGAUCAAUUACAUCACUCCAGUUUUGUCCAUCCUGCUCUUGCGACUUUAGAUACCUAAUGUCAACUGGAGGUGAUGCAACUGUCACUUUUUGGAAAUAUGAUCUUUCUACAAAGAAAUUUGACAAUGUGCCAGUCAAAUUUCAAGAGAAAUCAAGGCCUGGAGCACAGAUAAUCUGUUCCUCGUUCAGUCCAGGCGGAGUAUUCCUGGUGACUGGCAAUACAGAUCACAACAUCAGAAUAUACCAAAUUUCACCUGGACCCCCAGAGAGAAUUGCUGAGCUGUCUUCUCACUUGGAUCAUGUUGAUAGCAUACAGUUCAGCCAUUCAAGUGAAAGGUUUCUCAGUGGGUCAAAGGAUGGCACUGCCAGAAUUUGGUAUUAUCAACGAUCAGAAUGGAAGAGCAUCAUCCUGAACAGUCAAGAACAAUUGGGAAGUUCAUCGCCUCAGCAGAACGAAGAAACAAACAAAAUAACGAAAAUACGAGUAACAAUGGUUGGCUGGGAUUUAUCAGACCAGUUUGUCGUAACAGCUGUCAACGACCACAGCGUGAAAGUUUGGGAGUCCAAGACUGGCAAGCUCAUCUACGUUCUCAAGGGACAUCAAGAUGAGAUAUUUAUCAUCGAAGCUCAUCCAACCAACCCACAACUUCUUCUGACCGCUGGACACGACGGUUACAUCAUUCUGUGGAACCUCACCGUUGGAAAAAUCGUAAAAAAAUUCUACAACUCCCUCGAAGGCCAGGGUCAUGGUGCUGUAUUUGACUGUAAGUUCUCUCCCGAUGGCCAAAGAUUUGCGACGACUGACAGUCAUGGUCAUCUUGCUAUUUAUGGUUUUGGAUCUAGCGAGCCAUAUCAGAAGGUUCCCGCUGAACAGUUUUUCCAUUCAGAUUACCGUCCUGUUAUGAGAGACAUGAAUAACCACGUGCUCGAUGAACAGACACAAACAGCCCCUCACCUCAUGCCCCCACCGUUCUUAGUCGAUGUGGACGGUAACCCCCACCCGGUGUUCUACCAACGCCUUAUCCCCGGUCACAGUAGCAACAUCAGACCUCGACGUCAUGUGGUUACCAGUCCUCCACCUGUGCCCUCUUCGCCUCUGCCACCUCUCCUGGCACAGAUAGAACAGUUCGAACGCGGUGCUGCAUUCCCUGAUCCCGAAGUGAUUCAAUCACCACCCCCCGGCCAGAAUGCGCCAUCUCUUGGCAGUCCGGGGGUGGGAAGCCGCAACAGGGGCCUGCUUCAGGAUGGUGAUAUCGAGGGAGUGAGACAGCUCAACGUGAACAUUCCCAUCAUUCAGGAUGCCACGGAGGCCGAUAUAAAUGCCUGGAGGAGCAGGAUCAUCGUGCCCAAGUUGGAAGAGUCUCAAGCCAAAUGGGAUGAGGAAAGGCGCAAAUUACUGGGAAGACAGGAAUUUCUUAGAUAUUUGAAAGAGAAAAAGAAACGUCCAUUACCUUCGACCUCAAGGUCUGUCAGUCAAACUGACAAGAAGGCCGAGAGAUUCCUGCGCAGUCGUGCCCGUCCAAGUAACCGGCGCGAACGCCCACGUGCCAGCGAGCCUCGUCCACGUGCUAACGAGUCUCGUUCUGUAUAUAAUACACGUGCAGCAGCAAACACGGAGAGCGAUGUUGAUGAGUCUGGUGAGGAAGAAGCUAUGAUCACACCAAGUGAUAGUGAUGAUGAUGAUCUUCCUUGGAAUAGCAGCAGCAGUGAGACCAGUGAAUACUCUGAUUGGACCGAAGAAGUUGGUAUGAACACGAGACAACAGUCGGGAAACCAGCGACCAAGUCGCCGAGUACGUCGUGUUAUAAGUACAAGCGAUGAAGAUGGUGAGACAGUGACACAGCAAGCAAGAAAGAAGGAAAAUGAUAGACCGAAAAAACCGUCAAAGAAAAAGAGAAAGAAGGUCCCGCGCAAACCAAGGAUGGACGAUAUUGAGGAAUGGCUUGAAUACCAUCGACCACCGGAAUGGAUGACCAGUACGAAACUGCAAAGAUUUCCUUAUGUUCCGCAAGUCGGAGACGAGGUCUACUACUUCAAGCAAGGUCAUGAAAUGUACGUGAAGGAGGUCAUGAGUCAAGAAUCGUACGAAAUAAACCCGAAGAAACAGUGUUUCGCUAAACUCGAUCUGAAGGCGGAGGAACUUUGCAAAGUCGUGAGUCUUCAUUAUGUCACUGGACCACCAACCCUCGUAUCCCUGAAACUCGCAAUUCUGAAUCCCGAGACUGGGGCAAAUACUGGUGGUUCGUUUACGGUCAAAUACCAUGAUAUGCAGAAUGUUGUGGAUUUUUUCGUUUUGAAGCAAGUUUAUGAUCAGUCGCUCGAACGGGAUUGGAGGCCUGGCUGCAGAUUCCGCAGUGUUAUUGAUGACUACUGGUGGUCAGGUGUUAUCACUGAAGUCAGUCCUUAUGAAGAUGAAUUGCCGGACAGCCACUUCCAGUGCUAUGUUGUAAGUUGGGAUACUGGUGAGGUGGAGAGAAUGAGUCCAUGGGAUCUGGAGCCUAUUCCUGAUAACGGUACUACCGAGGUCCCUGACACGAACACCUCUGGAGUGGACUCAAACAACAUCCCCAUCACGGAGGAAGAGCACGAAGCUUUGGUCAAAUAUACGCCGCAGGAAAACGAAUGGCCUGACGAAGAAUAUGACGCCGCCGUGGCCAGACUGACCCGCGGGCUGAGCCUCAUCUCGGAGCUCCCGUUCGCAGGUCCAUUUGCUUACCCCGUUGACGUAAGAUCGUAUCCGGAUUACUGGAGUGUCGUCGCUUACCCGGUCGAUCUUAAGGCGAUUAUUGACAGAUUAGAAAACAAAUACUACAGGCGAAAAACAGCUCUACUCUGGGAUGUUUGUCAAACGGGCCGAAAUGCGAAGACCUACAACGAAGAGGACAGCGAGAUUGUGCAGAACGCCGACAAGUUGGUCUCUGUACUGUCCGCAUUCAUCAAGAAUGCUUCCUGUGUUGACCCACUUGCACUUUGUGAAGAUGCGAACAUGGAAACAGCCGAGGUGGACGUUGAGCACGUUGAAGAGUCAGAUGGGGAAGGACAAUCCAACGAGGGUGCCAGCAGUAGCAGUAAAAGGAAGAAUUCCAGUCUCUCUCCUGCAGGCCCAAUGAGAAAGAAAACUAGAAGACAUGAAGUGGAAGCAGUGGUCGAAUAUUCUUUGAAGGAAGAGAUUCUCGCUUUGUUUAAUAUGCUCGCGACAAGAAGCGAUGCCGAGCCGUUCAGAGAACCUGUUGAUCUUGCUGAUUUCCCGGAUUACACAGACUAUGUGGAUGAACCCAUUGCAUUCUCCACCAUACGUUCUCGUAUUGAUUCAGAUUUUUACAACGAACCUGAGCAGUUCAUCCAGGAUAUUCGACUUGUGUUUUCCAACUCCAGAAAGUACAACGUGAAUCCGAAGUCAAGGAUCUACUCAAUGACUUUACGACUAUCGGCGUUAUUUGAAAACAAAGUUGACGAACUUUUAAUGAACUUCUACCGUAAUAGAAGUGGAAGCGGGCGUCGUACGCGCCAGCGAUCCAGGCGCGCAGUAGAAGACACACCUGGUACGAGCGGCGUAUCAAGUCCCGGCCGGCGGCCGACCCUUCGUGUACAACCUGAAUUGGCCCCGCGGGUGUCCGCGCGAGCGUCCACGAGUCGGCGACGCGACGAUGAAGCGGGGCCUAGUAAUAGUGAUGGUUUAAGAAUGAAAAUUUCAUUAACUACGGGAUCAGUGCUGAGCACUACGGGAAUUGAGGGUACAGAUGGGGGUAAUAGUAGUUCAUCGGGGACAUCAAAUCGACUUCAAGCUAAUAACUUUGAUGAUUCAACUAAUCAGCGGACAAGGACCAGAAGUGCGGCAAGAACGUCAUUUAGGGAGUCUAUAAGUAGCGUAAGCUCAGUGGCCUCUGAAACGCCUGACACAAGCGCCCUAAACGGGCCAUCUAGGUAUUCAACCCGUUCGCGGGUUCCUCCGACCAGGCUGCAGUUGAAUGGAGUAUCUGCUGACCAUGAGAGCGAAGAUGACGACGAGGAGGAGGAAGAAGAGGAGGAGGGUAGCGAGGAAACUGGGGAAGAGAGUAGUGAGGAGUCGGACUCACCUCAACGCUGGAAGAAUCUCCGGUCGAACCGGUCUGGUAAGAUGCCAGCGAAGAAAACUACGGGAAAGAAAUCUAAUGUGGGCAAGGGCAAACAGGUUGUGAACUCGAAACGACCGGUUAGAACUCGGUCGUCGUCGCGAUACGACGAUAGCGCUUCGGAAAGUGACGAUGAAAACUCGCGGAGACGAUUGGACGUCUCUAGUCGAGGCCGGGUGCGCCGUAAAGCGUACAAAAUGAUGGAUUAUGUAAAUUAAUGUCUGGUGGUUUGAUUCUGUCUGUGCAACAAAUACUGGUCAACCAACCACGAGGUGAAAUGAAACAAAAUAUUACUACGGCUGUGACUAAAUUGUCUAAUAUACACACUACUUUGCCCGAAAAACGUUGCAAAAAUCCACAAAAUAUUCAUUUUCUUUGCAAACGCGUCUUAUCGUAAUCGUUAUUGAAGUUCAUGGUGGUGAACUUAACGUACCUUGGAAAUGGCCACCAUUGGUUGCACUGAAGUCUGAAACUGCGCAACUAGUGUCUAUUAAGAGUUAAUUUAUUCUCGUAUAGAUUAUUUAUAUAGUCAAAAGUUUGGCUCGCUAACACACACCCUUUUCCAUCUUUCAUAUAUACGAAAAACAAUGGUGAAUGUUCAGUAAUGAAUGGAAAAUAUCUUCUGAACUACGCGGAUUAAACUUUGCGUAAAAGAACCAUUAUUUCUUGAAAGCCCUGUUUUUCAGGUAAACAACUGGUUGAACCGGUUGUUUGUUUAUCAGCCUAAACUGGUUUUGGUAUUUUUAGCUUCAGAAGAUUGUAAAUUUCUAAUUAAACAAUGUUACUGAUCUUCACCAACGUUGUAAAUGGUAUAUAUGAAAUUGAAAGGACGACUACAUUCAUUCGUAAAUCCCUAAUCGUAAGAAUAUAAUUUUGUACUUCCGUGCCUUUUGUAAAUU